UAUUCAAGGCAGAACUCCAGAAUAUGACCCUAGUGCAAUGGCACAACUUCACUAUGAUGGGCAAGUUCGUCUUUUUGUUCCAAUUACUUCCCGUGCUUUAUGCCCAAUUAAUGUUAAACAUUUCCCUUAUGAUAUGCAAAAUUGUACUUUUUUGGUUUGUUUUUAUUUUAUUUUAAAAUAA